GCUGCGCCGCCCACCCCUCUUUCUGACCCUCUGUUUCCCUUCUGCGUCGGACCGCACCCCACUCUCGCGAAUUCCGAACCACACACGAAAAGGAAAAGAUGCUCGCGCUUAGGUCGAAGGCGUUUAUGAGGUCAUCGCCUGCUGCCGCCCGCCGCUGGGCGAGCACCGCCGCGGACAAGGACAAGUUCAAGGUGGUCGUGGUCGGAGCAGGCUCCGGCGGCUUGACGGUUGCAAACCAGAUCUACAACCGUUUCAAGAGCGCGGGCAAAGCCCUGAACAAGGGUGAUAUCGCCAUCCUCGAUGCCGCCGAGUAUCACUACUAUCAGCCUGGAUGGACUCUUGUCGGGGCCGGUCUGAAGGCCAAGGAUGAGACUCGCCGGAGGCUAGACUCGCUCAUUCCCUCGCACCUCGCGCACAUCCCCGAAAACGUCAAAACCUUUGAGCCUAAGUCGUCUUCAGUGACGACUGCCUCCGGCCGCAAGAUCACCUACGAGAACCUUGUCGUCGCCACCGGUCUCCAGAUCAACUGGUCGACCAUUCCGGGUCUUGAGAAAGCCCUUGCGGACCCCGCGUCCGGCGUAUCCUCCAUCUACUCCUACAACACCUGUGACAAGGUGUGGAGGGACGUCGAUGCGCUUCGGUCAGGCAAGGCCAUCUUCACCCAGCCCGCGGGUGUUAUCAAGUGUGCCGGUGCCCCGCAGAAGAUUAUGUGGAUGGCCUGGGACCGGUACCAGCGCACUGGGCGCGGCGAUACGGUCUCCGUUGACUUCUACACGGGCAUGCCGUCCAUGUUCAGCGUGAAGAAGUACUCGGAUGCACUGAACGCGCUCCGUCAGGAGCGCGGCGUUGGCGGCCACUUUGCACACAACCUCGUCGGGGUCAACGCGGAUGCGCACAAGGCGACAUUCAAGACCGCGGACGGCACGGUUGACGUCGACUACACGCUUCUGCACGUCUCCCCGCCCAUGGGCCCGCUCGAUGCCUUGAAGGGCUCUCCGAUUUCGGACGAGGCUGGUUGGGUUUCUGUCGACAAGGCGACGCUUCGGCACACCAGCGCGGAUCUCGGAAACGUGUGGGCUAUCGGCGACUGCUCGAGCUUGCCGACGAGCAAGACCGCCGCGGCCAUCACUGCUCAGGCGCCCGUGCUCACCGAGAACUUGUUCUCCGUGGUCGAUACCGGUAAGGUCGCUGGUGCGGAGUAUGACGGUUACACGAGCUGCCCGCUUCUCACUGGGUACGGCAAGCUCAUGCUCGCCGAGUUCAAGUACGGCCUUGAGCCCCAGGAGUCGUUCAGCAACGUCUUUGGCGACCAGGCUAUCCCCCGCUCCGCCUUCUACUACCUCAAGAAGGACUUCUUCCCCUACGUCUACUGGAACUACAUGGUCAAGGGCACCUGGUUUGGCUCGAAGGGCUUCAGCCGCCCCACCUUCGGCCAGUAAAUGCAUCAUGCUGUACUCAAACAAUUAAUGUAAUGAUGUUUCUUGGUUAUGGGAUUGCCCGUGCAAAUCGUCAAACUAUAACACUGCGCGUCGAUUGCGCGGGCCGCGACGACACGAAAAUAUCUUCCCUCCAGGUGAACCCAUCCCAUGGAUCCGGGCAAUUGUAUUGACUCUAAAACCCGAAAAUGUCGUCAAUCGCGUCCCGCUUCUUUUUCUUCUUCUUUGCCGCUCUGCCCUUAUCGUCCUCUGCCUUCUUCCUCUUCGGAGCGCCCGCCACAGGUUGAACCAGUUUGCUACCCGUUGCGCUCUCCGCGGAUUUGGACACCGUAGUCGC